CGAAAACAGCUGAAGCGCAGAAAAGCAGAUACAUGCAAAAUAGUCAGCAAGCAAAGGAGCUAGCUAGCUAUGUGGUCAGAGAGGAGAGGAGAGACGACAAGACGAGACGGAAAAUUUCGAUGAUCAACGAUGCAAUCAACUUCUCUUCGAAGAUAGCUAACGUUGGUUUUGAUAGCAAUCCGAUUGAUCUUUGAAUGUGAAAAGAGACACUUGAUGUGAAAUCGGACAGGGCUGUCCUGAAGCAAAGAUAAAAGGCAAAAAGUUAAACUCCGCUUCUGAGAUGAAGGAAAUGUCUAGUUAACACUUUAUGUGUCAAGCCUGUCGUCCCCUUCGUGUAGCUGAUAGUUACAGCUCUGGGUUUCUCUGUGGAAUGCCCGUGUCAUGAUGCCAUCGCUGAGUCUCACCCUGCGUCCAGGUGACCAGGGAGGGCGUGUCGAGUCGUCAGCCAAUCACAGCAGGUGCUUUAGGAGAGUCAGUUCCUGUUUAUGUUCAUCAGUACUUCCUAUCAGAACCCUCCCGCCUCACUGACGUCCUGCCCCCUCGGUGGUAGGUAGGUAGUUCCUGUAUCCAUCUCUUCCAUCACUUCCUCUUCCUCCUGAAGCUGUCUGGCUGUGUGAGGAUGUGGUGCUAGCUGGCACUGUUCGUAACUAUGGUGAUAGUCAGGUAACCGUGGUAGGAGGAGUCUGUGGGCACAGCUUCCUGAUGUUGUGCCAGGUGCUGACGGGACAGGAGGGCACCAUCGAACGGACGUGCACAGAGGUGCUGUGCYACUCUGCUUCCUAGUUUACACUGAUGACAUCACAACAGGAAGUAUAGGACCUAUCUUACUGUAGAACGUCAAUCUCCGCCUCCUUGCACUUUCUAGAACUUCCUGUUGCUGCUACUUGACUUCCUGUUGCACAAAGUCUCUCAGACACUUUAAGGCUCUGACCUCUGACCUCAGAACCCAAGCAGCCAUGAGGCACAUUCACGUAGAACUGACACGCGGCAGCAAGGAGGAGCUGGCUCCUGUGGAGCUUCCAUCRCAGGAUGGGGACGUGCCUCCUCCCGCGGCCCCCUCACAGGUCCCCGACCUUGAGGUGAUGCGACCAGGGGUGGUGGUUCCCAAGCCCUUUGGUCAGGAGCAGCUGCGUCUCCAGAAGGUCUACCAGCUCUCCAUCUUCUCCCAGCUGGGGGGGUUCUCAGCCUCCGAGCUCCCCAGAACCAGUGAGGCCCAGCCGGGGCAGUUCCAGCCGGGUCAGGUCCAGCGGACUGACAGGGUGGGGGUCAAGAGGGGACAGGGUGGGGGUCAAGAGGAGUCCCAUCUAACCCACAAAUGGCCCCACCUGGCUGGGGACGUAGACAGGGAAAGGGAUGGAGGGGUGCUGUCAGGGUCAGGACCUGGGGUAGGGGUGGAUAUCGGAAUGGGGGUUGGAAUGGGGUUAGGGAUGGGGUUAGGGGUAGGGCAGGGGCCUGUAUCCUCCUGCAUCAUGGUGGAUCACAGAGACUCAGAUGGGGGCCUGUCGCCUAGAUCCCCCCCACCUGCCCCCCUCUCUCCGGGCCACACCCCCGCCAGACGCCCUGCCCAGCACAAUCACGACAGGCCCGUCCCGGACCUAUGGGCCCCGCUUUCGCCCAAACCAUCCCCCAUGGUCGAGCCACACAGCCCCCCUGGCUCCCACAGCCCCUUACCCAGCACAGAGCCUCGUCCUGGGGGCGACGCGCCAGCCUGCUCCUUGGGCAAUCCUGGAGGGUCUGGGGAGGGCUGCAGUAGUGGCUCCUCAUUGGGACAGCAUCAGCCCAACUGCUGCACUGACGGCCCCCGUGGGGCCCUUGGGGCAUUCGACACCCUUAGUCCUCCUGGAGGACCUCCAGGCUCCCUCUCCCACCGCUUCCCUCCCACCACAGACCCCCAGGAGCCAGGGGAGGGUAGGGAGUGGGGGGCCAAGCUGGAGUCCUCACCGCCCCAUCCCAGUGCCACCGCCUUCAACUCCACCAACGGCCUGAGCUCCGUGGAGAAGACCCCCAGCACCAGUGGCCUGAGCUCCGGGGAGAAGACCCCCAGCACCAGUGGCCUGAGCUCCGGGGAGAAGACCCCCAGCACCAGUGGCCUGAGCUCCGGGGAGAAGACCCCCAGCACCAGCGGCCUGAGCUCCGGGGAGAAGAACCCCAGCACCAGUGGCCUGAGCUCCGUGGAGAAGACCCCCAGCACCAGCAGCCUCCGUGGGAUCUCUUCGGGUCCCUGCCCGGCCAAGAAGAAACUGCUAUCAUCCAGCGACACGGGAGAGUCGUGUUCGGAGGACGAGGGCCCCUCCACCUCUAAGAGGAGCCGUCUGGCCCUGCUGGCCCCGGGGUUAGGGCUGGRCUCCUGCAGGGGCACCGAUGCCAAGGCUGCCCCCUUCUGGAAUCAUCUGCUGCCCAACGCACAGGGCCCGGACCACACCAAGCCUUUAGGAAAGAAGGGAUACAGCGUACCCAAAGCAGGGACCAUCCAAGUGACCUUAUUCAACCCCAAUAAAACUGUGGUGAAGAUGUUCCUCGUGACCUAUAACUUUGGGGACAUGCCCGUCAAUCACAUGACCUUCCUGCGUCACCGCAUCUUCCUGGUUCCCGUUGAGGAGGCGGGGCCAGAGGCGAAGGGGGAUGGGCCUCCAGAGCCCAGGGCCACACCCACAGAGAGGAGGAAGAUUCUCUGCUACCUGAUACACCUCAGAUUCCAGAGCUCUAAAUCUGGGAAGAUCUACUUGCACAACGAUAUCCGGCUGCUUUUCUCCCGCAAGUCCAUUGAGGUGGACACGGGGAUCCCUUACGAGCUCAAAUCUUUCACAGAGGUGCCAAAAAACCCAAAAUACUCCCCCCGCGUGUGAGCCUAUGAUGAACCCGCGACCCCUGACCCCAUCACCAACGCAGCCCAUUCCUGGAACUGGGCACAGAGAGAUAAACAGACAGACAUGGACAAGAAAACUUGAAAAGAUUAUUAAUUCAAACACACAUAUAUAUAUACUGAGUAUACAAAACAUUAAGGACACCUUCCUAAUAUUGAGAUGCACUCCCCCUUUUGC